CUGAAUGUCAGUCUAUCGCUCGGCCACCACGAUAUCGCCCAUCUAUUAUUAUUAUUAUUAAUUAAAACAACGCAGCGCGUGGAGGUGGAGGAAAAAUUGUGAAAAGUGCAAAAACGCAGCGCGUAAAGCAAGUUGGCGACAUCGAUCGUGUAUAUUAUUAAUUAAAAUUCCGUCAAGCCAAGCCAAGCAAAGCGGUGCGGUGUGUGAGUGCGGGCUAAAUAAAAUCAAAAUACGAAUAUACGAAAAUACGAAUAAAAAAUAUUUGUAUUGAAUUAUUCAAAUUCAUUCAUCGAGCGACUUGCAGUGUCCGCCCAAAAUAUUAAUUUGCUAUAUUGCAAACAUGAUCAUGAUGACGUUGAUAAGUGCCACAAAUUGUGAUAAAAUACAAAACUGAUGGAAAAUCCAUAUGUGUAUGUGAUACGUGAAAUACAAAAGAGAAGAAAAACAAAAUAAAUAAGUAUGAAGAUUUAUAACAAACACAAAACAGAGACUUUUGCUGCAAGUGUCUGUGAAUAAAUUGUUGUAUUUAAUUUGUGCAGCAAACAAAUGUUUUUUUUUCGUUCGUUCGUGUGUGCUAUUCUAAUGCAAAUGAAGUGCCUUAGUGAAGAAUUUAGCGAGUGUUAAACAACAAAAAAAAACAAAGCAAACACAAUUAUCUUAAUUGAUAACAAAAAUAACAACAACAAAAGCAAUAAUAAUAACAAGCAUUCUUUUGGCUUAAAUCAAGACAAGUAAAUAGUUCACAAUAACAACAAAUUCAACAAAGUGAAGAAUAAGCAACAGCAAAUAUUUCAAUCACACACACACACACACAAAGCUAAAUAAAAAAAAAAUAUAUUAAGAUCAAGUAUUUAUUUAAAUACAAUCACUGCUGUCGCUGUUUAAGAGUGAGUGUUGUGUUGUGUUGUGCUCUGGUGUGCGUGUGUGUGCCAGACUGCGUGUGUGUGUGUGCUGUGUGUGUGUGAGUGUCCGUGUUAGUGAGUGUGUGUGUGCGAGCGUGGAGCAUUUUGUGAUAUGAGUGCUAAAUAUCACAACGAGAAGAAGCAGCAGCAUAAUAAUGCAUCCAGCGGGCGAAAAAAGGGGCGGUCGCCCCAAUGAUAAAUACACAGCGGAAGCGCUCGAGAGCAUUAAACAGGAUCUAACCCGAUUCGAAGUACAAAAUAAUCAUAGAAAUAAUCAGAAUUAUACACCUCUGCGAUAUACCGCCGCGAAUGGUCGUAACGAUGGAACCGAUUACCACCAUGCAAAGCUGGCACUGGAGCCGCUGGCGUCGGCGUCACCCUCGUCACCGGGCGAUGUCAUCGUACCCGCCUCCUCAACAUCGAUCGCCGGCCCCGUGCCUGUUGGCGUCGGUGUCGUCCUGCCCUCGGCCAACGGACAUGUGCCAAAGAUAAUCAACGCUCUGAUACCGCCCAAGCUAAUACGCAAACCGAGCAUCGAGCGUGAGACCCAAACGCAUUAUCUACGCUGCAGUCCAGCGCUCGAUUCCGGAGCCGGCAGCUCACGCUCCGACAGUCCGCAUUCGCAUACGCAUCAGCAGUUGAGCGGACGCGGCAGCACCGGCCAAUAUUCGCCCUCGCCCAGCAGCUUCAGCGAUGCGGCGCCGCCAGCGCCACCGCCACGCAAUCCCACCGGCGUCGGUGGCAGCAACAGCAGCUCGGCAACGCCGCCACCGCCGCCCCCAAACAGCAGCAAUCAGAUGUUCAAACGUCGCUCGCCAGCACUGAAUCGACCCGCAGCCAUUGCACCGCCGAGCAAUUGUGCCGCCACACGUGGCACGUCGCCGGUGAUACCGCAAAACGGUUGCAAGACGACGCAACAGCAGCUCAGCCAACAGAUGAAGGCCCUCAGCCUGUAUCAGCAGCAACAGCAGCAGCAGAGCGCCAACAGUGGAGCUGUCGGCGCGGAGCCACCGCCGCCGUACAUGAUCAACACGGUGGUGGUGAAUGCCGCACCACCGCCGCCCAGUUACACCGCCUCGAUGCAGUCCCGACAAUCGCCCACGCAAUCCCAGCAAUCGGACUAUCGCAAAUCCCCCAGCAGCGGCAUCUAUUCGGCCACCUCGGCCGGAUCGCCGAGUCCCAUCACCGUGAGCAAUGCCAGCGGCAUUCUGCCAGCCAGCGCGGGCGUGGCACGCCCCCAGCCACGUGUGUAUCAGGCACGCACCCAGCAACCGAUCAUCAUGCAGAGCGUCAAGUCGACGCAAGUGCAGAAACCGGUGUUGCAAACCGCAGUGGCGCCUCAAUCGCCGGUCAGCGCCUCGGCGAGCAAUUCACCCGUUCAUGUGCUCGCCGCACCGCCUUCGUAUCCCCAGAAAUCGGCUGCUGUGGUGCAGCAGCAACAACAGGCCGCAGCUGCCGCACAGCAGCUGGUUGCACCGCAACCAAUUGUGGUUCAGGGUGCCGUGAAGCCACCGGCGCCAACAACACCGCCACUGAUAGCUGCCGCCUUGAAUGGUGCUGUUGUGGUGGGUGGUAAAGGGGGAAGCAUGGAACCGCCUUCGUAUGCCAAGAGCAUGCAGGCCAAGGCAGCCACGACGCCGCAGCCACAGCAGCAGCAGCAACAACAGCAACAGUUGCAGCAACAGCAGCAGCAACAACAACAGCAGCAACAGUUGCAGGCGUUGCGAGUGCUGCAAGCGCAGCAGCAACAGCAGCAGCAGCUGCAGCAACAACAACUCCAACAGCAACAGCAAAAGCAAUCGAUGUCGGUCAGCAGCAAUGGCAAUGUGGCAGUGAAUCGACAGCUGCCGCCUCCGCCGCCGUAUCAAAGUGCACGCGUCACGACGCCCGAGUUGGCCAACAGCAGCAGCAACAACAAUCUACCAGCUGAGCUCAAAUCCGCCUCCAACAAUAAUAAUAACAAUAACAACAACAGCAACAACAAUAACAUACAGAUAAGCAACAGCAACUUGGCCACAACGCCACCAAUACCGCCAGCCAAAUACAGCGGUGGCAGUGGCAACGGCAACAGUUCGAGUGGCAGCAAUGGAUCGACGAAUGCAUCGCAAGCUGCCGCCUGCAAGAAGAUCAAACAUGCAUCGCCGAUACCCGAAAGGAAGCAAAUCUCCAAGGAGAAGGAAGAGGAGCGCAAAGAGUUUCGUAUUCGGCAAUAUUCGCCGCAAGCGUUCAAGUUCUUUAUGGAGCAGCACAUUGAGAAUGUCAUCAAAUCGUAUCGUCAGCGGACGUUCCGCAAAAAUCAGCUGGAGAAGGAAAUGCUGAAAGUGGGACUUUCGGAUGAGACGCAAAUCGAGAUGCGUAAGAUGCUGAAUCAAAAGGAAUCCAAUUACAUACGCCUGAAGCGUGCCAAGAUGGACAAGAGCAUGUUUGUCAAGAUCAAACCAAUUGGUGUGGGCGCCUUUGGUGAGGUGACGCUUGUGCGCAAAAUCGACACAUCGAAUCAUUUGUAUGCAAUGAAGACGCUGCGCAAAGCGGACGUACUCAAGCGCAAUCAGGUGGCGCAUGUGAAAGCCGAACGUGAUAUUUUGGCCGAGGCCGACAACAAUUGGGUUGUCAAGCUCUACUAUAGUUUUCAGGAUAAGGAUAAUUUAUAUUUCGUUAUGGAUUACAUACCCGGUGGCGACCUGAUGUCGCUGCUCAUCAAGCUGGGCAUCUUUGAGGAACCGCUGGCACGUUUCUACAUCGCUGAGGUCACCUGCGCCGUCGACAGCGUGCAUAAAAUGGGCUUUAUCCACAGGGACAUCAAGCCUGACAACAUACUCAUCGAUCGGGAUGGACACAUAAAGCUCACCGAUUUCGGUCUUUGCACUGGCUUCCGAUGGACGCACAACUCCAAAUACUACCAGGAGAACGGCAAUCAUUCGCGACAGGACUCAAUGGAGCCUUGGGAGGAAUACUCGGAGAAUGGUCCCAGGCCCACAGUGCUGGAGCGGCGACGCAUGCGCGAUCACCAAAGAGUUCUGGCGCACUCGCUGGUCGGCACACCCAACUAUAUAGCACCCGAAGUGCUGGAACGCAGCGGUUACACGCAAUUGUGUGAUUACUGGAGCGUGGGCGUCAUUCUCUAUGAGAUGCUGGUGGGUCAGCCACCUUUUCUGGCCAACAGCCCAAUGGAGACGCAACAAAAGGUCAUAAAUUGGGAGAAGACGCUUCACAUACCACCGCAGGCGCAACUCACACGGGAGGCAACGGAUUUAAUACGACGGCUUUGCGCCUCGUCGGAUAAACGGCUGGGCAAGAGUGUGGACGAGGUGAAGGGCCACGAGUUCUUCAAGGGCAUUGAUUUUGCGGAUAUGCGCAAGCAGAAAGCACCGUAUAUACCGGAGAUCAAACAUCCCACAGAUACGUCCAACUUUGAUCCCGUUGAUCCAGAUAAGCUGCGCUCGAAUGAUUCCAAUUUGAGCAGCGGCGAUGAUAUCGAUCUGAAUGAUAGGCAAUUCCAUGGAUUUUUCGAAUUUACCUUUAGACGAUUUUUCGAUGAUCGGCAGCAGCCGGACAUGACGGAUGAUCAGGCGCCGGUCUAUGUCUGAUCUCGCUCCUAUACUACAUACACACAUACAUACAUACAAACAAUCAUUGUUAGUCAAAUAGUCACAAAACGAAACAUUGGGAACAGAAAACAGCAUGUUAACAGAGACUGCAAGCAGUGCAAGCGUUAACAGCGGCGCUGUUAAGUCAUACACCUGUUAACUAUGCAACAGCAGCGCUGUUAAGUCAGACAUUUAACAGUCACUAGAUUAACAGCGCGCAUUAGCAGCUGCGCUGUUAAGUCAGCCUGUCUGCACAUGUUAACAGCAGCGCUGUUAAAAGUCUUCAGUUUUUUAUAUGAAAUAUUUUUCAUUUAGCGUUUUUAGUGGAAUUUGUUGCCAAAAAAGCAAAAGUUGAGGCACUUAUGAGCAAGAUGAUGUUUACAAUUUGGCAUAUCUAUAUUUUUAAUGUAGUCGUUAUUGCAACUGGCACACACACAUCAAUAUUUAUAUACAAAAAAACGUAGAAAAAGAACAAAAAAAAAAAUGAUAAACAAAUGGUUAGAAAGGGACUACACAUAUACAUAUACACACACUCACACACACAUAUAUGCUUGAUGGCAUGAACUGAAUAAAUUUAAAUGAAAAAGAGUCAUUACUUUUUUGAUUUUCUUGUUAACUAAAGAUCUUACACCUACACACACACACACCUAUACACACAUAUAUAUAUUACAAGUAGUUAUGUACGCUAUGAAUAUGUUAAAUUUAUAUAGACUUGGAAUACCAAUCGAACCAAUUUUUUUCUGGUGCUCAAAAAUCGAUGCCUUGAGGGAGCAACUACAAAACGGAGAAGCGAAUUUAACUAAACCUAGACAACUUUCACACACACACACACACACAUUACACAUAUACACACACAUACACGUACGACCAAUUUAAACAAUAAAGAAUGGUAAAAACAACAAAUUAUAAACUAUCUCAGCAGGCUGGAUAGUUGUUGGCCAUUUAAAAAAAGAAAGGACUUGAAAACUUGAGCUUGACAACGUAAAAUGAAAAUGAAAAUAAAAAUCAAUGUUGUGCGAAGAGAUCGAUAUAAAAUCGAUCUCGUUGGACGCACAGAGAACACAGCAAUCGCACCAAGUUAGCGAUAUAAGCGGGUCUUAUAAGCCUAAUCUAAACAACACAAACAACUUCUAUGUAAUGCCCGCGGGGCGCGUCUCUUAUCACACCUACUAUAUCACACACACACCCACAUACACACACGAUCUGCUCUAUAAUGAACAUAUUACGCGCCCUCAACAAUUUUUACAACAACAGCAAAAUCAAACACCCCCCAAAAGAAAACAAAAAGAACAAACUAUAUUGUAUCUAUCGUAUAGAUUCUAUGCAUAUACAUAUACAUAUUACUAUAAUUAACUAAACUAAUUAAUGUAUGUUAGCAAUGUUAGACGAACUUGUUGAAUGCCAAAUGAAAUUGUUUUUUUUUUUUGUAAUAUUCAACAGAAAUUCUCUAAAGAAGAAAUAUGGAAAACACGUAAAAACAAAUACAAAAAAUUAUCAAAUAAAUCAAUAUACAUAAAACAUAUACAUAUAUAUAUAUAUAUAUCUUGAUAUCUAUUUACAUAAAUAAAUGAUUAAAUAUUAUAAAUAUUAUAUAUAUAUAUAUACAUAAAUUGUAAUAGUUUUAUACAUUUAUGCAAUACAAUUUCUAGUGCUAAGAUGUUUUUUAGUUUAUAAUGCGCUAACAAAUAAAAAAUUAGUGUAAUUUUCAUGUCUAAGCAAAAAGUACAUUAAAAAGGAAAAUCUAUUUUUUGUUUUUUGCUAAGUUCCGUUUUGGUAAAUGCGAUUUGGAAAUUUGUUUCGCUUUUUUUUUGUGUUUCUCUUUAACAAAUGUAAAAGUUAAGCUAAUUGACAAUCAAAACAAAAACAAAACAAACAAAUAACCACUGCGCGUGCCUUGGCCAAUUCAUUUACAAUAACAAAUUAAUAAAUGGAAAGCAAAAUAUGUAAAAAA